CCUCUUUUGCAAGUCAUUUGCUUCCCUCCACUCUCUUGUAGCCCGGACACAACAGCAGAACGUGCUCAUAGUGUCUGUGAAUCGUGAGACCAGAGCACAUGAGUUUUGGUGUGAUAAAUACUUGGUGUGGUACGUGAUGGCCGAUCCGGAGCAGCAGUCUCAGCCACUUCCACCGACGGCACCGAAAACCCGUCUCGGAUUGUCUCUCUCUGAACGGAUCAAAGUAAUCGAAGCGCGACAGAUGGGCAAAUCCAUGCGACAGUUAGCUGCCCAGUUUGGCUGCGGAAAAACGCAGAUACUCAACACCCUGGCUCAAAAGGAGAGAUACAUUCGUGAAUGGGAGGUGAUGGGCCGUAAUAAUCCUUCAAUUGGGGCGAGAAAACGUUUUCGACACACAAGAAACGAACAGAUCAACCGCUCCGUUCAUGAAUGGUACCAACAGCAGGCAGCAAAUGGUCUCCGGAUUACAGGCCCCAUGCUGCAAAAACAAGCCAGACACUACGCAGCACAUUUAGGAAUUAUCAAUUUUGCAGCUAGCAACGGAUGGUUAGCUAAUUUUAGAAGAUUCUACAAUAUCAUCAGUUGCUCCCCGCAUCCACGGAAGCGGAAACUGGCAUCACUCCAGCCAGAAAGCAACGAGGAAGAUGCUUUGACCCACAAAGCCAGCACUUCAAAGUGUCAGCUUGAUGCAGAAUUCGUACAAGUUGGAUGUGACGAAGUUCUUAAAAGAUCUCCGCAGUUGCCGUCUGAAAAUUUGACCGAAAAAGGACCCGUUAUUAGGAAGAGAACCAAGCAGAUAUACCUUUAG